UCGGACGGUGAUUUUUAACUGCAAUAUAUAUUGUUACUCUUUAUUGUUUUCUUUAAGCUUAACAAUUAUAAAAUUAAAUCAUUACAUUUAAGCAAGCAAAUUAUGGACAACUACAGAUUUGGCACAGUGGACUACAUUGUGCUUUUGGGCAUAACGGUAUUAUCCACGGGAAUAGGCCUAUAUUUCGGUAGCGUCAGAAAAACCCAAAAAAAACUGGAUGAGGUGAAUAUUUCUCAGCCAACCACAGUUGGUAACCGUCGAAGGAAAGAUUUAGGAUCUGAAAAGAUAGACGAAUAUCUCAUGGGAUCUCGUAAUAUGAAAGUGGUUCCUGUAGCCAUUAGUCUCAUAGGAAGCUUCGUAUCGGGCGUUACCAUUAUAGGCACGCCGUCAGAGAUUUACCAUUAUGGCACGCAGUAUUUUCUUGUUAUAAUAGGAAUUUUUCUCCAAGGGAUCGUGGUCUCCUACGUCUAUUUACCCGUAUACUCGGCUCUUCAAGUUGGAUCAGUUUACGAGUAUUUGGAGAUGCGAUUUAACUCGAGUGUCAGGAGCAUAUCUUCCUUCCUGUGGAUUUUCAAUAUGUUAACAUACUUGCCAUUCCUUGUAUUUGUUCCGGCAUUAUCAUUGAAUCAGGUUUCUGGCCUUAACAUUCACCUGAUUGAAAUUGUAGUUAUAUUGGCCUGCGUGAUUUAUACCUUCAUGGGUGGUCUUAAGGCUGUGGUUCACACGGAUGUCUGGCAAGUGGUGGUUAUGUAUUUUUCCAUGGUGGCUGUAGCUCUUUUCGCCGUGUACUAUUCCAAUGGCUUGGGAGCGCUUUUCGAAGACGUGGAGCAGGGUGGACGUUUAAUAUUGAACAACACGAAUCCGUCACCUUAUAUUCGCCAUACCGUUUGGAGCGCCAUUAUCAGUGGUUUUUCAUUCUUUACCUCUAUUAAUGCCGGUAGUCAACAUAUGAUACAGCGAUAUAUGUCUCUACCUUCGCUGAAGAAAUCCCAAAAAGCCUCCUGGCUAUUCACCAUUGGAGUUUCUAGCUUUGUCGCUCUGUGCUGUUUCAUGGGAAUGCUAGUUUUUUCGAAGUACAAAGACUGCGAUCCCCUGAGUGCUGGACUGAUUACGAAUGACGAUCAACUCAUGCCGUUGUUUGUGGUCCAAAGCGUGGGUCACAUUUAUGGAAUGCCUGGCUUAUUUAUAGCCGGAAUAUUCGGAGCUGGCCUAAGUUCACUUUCGUCGUGUUUUAAUACGAUUUCCCUGGUAUUCCUGGAGGAUGUUGUUCGUGGAUUUUUUAAAUUGCAGCCCAGUGAAAGGGUAGCCACCAUUCUGAUCAAGUCCAGCAUUAUCUUCCAGGGAGCUUUGACGUUCCUCCUUGUAUUUCUGCUGCAGUACUUGCGAGGCAUUUUAAGUGUUUGCCAUUCGCUAUCGUCCAUCACAAGUGGCACUGCUUUCGGCUUAUUUACCCUGGGAAUGCUGGUUCCUUGGUCGAAUACAAUUGGCGUAGCGGCGGGAGGGAUAUCGAGCAUCCUGCUGGCAGGAUGGAUAACCUUUGGAACGCAGAUCGCCGCAGCAUUGGGACAACUCAAAUCACAAAUGCUUUCCGUUUCCGUGGAGGGAUGUUUGGGAAAUGUGACUGGCCCACAAGAACACUGGGUGGAUCAGGAUCAAGUGUUUCCAUUGUACCGCCUAUCCUACGACUGGAUAAAUCCCAUUGGAGUAGUCACCGCUGUAGUUGUGGGGGCAUUGGUCUCUCUCGUGACGAAACCAACUGAUAUUAAGACUCUCCGUUCAGAACUGAUAUCGCCUGUUAUCCAUAGGUUCCUGCCAAAGGAAUGCUUUAGAGGUCGCACCCAAAAUGAGCAGACGCAAGAGAUCCUCCUGAAACAAAUUCGAUAAGAAGGAUGACCAUUUACUUAAAUAUUUGAUGAAACCCACUGACGUUAAAUGCUCACUUAAUUAGGCAUUUUAAAUUUAAGUCAAAAGACGCCUGCACUUCCUUAGUAUUAACGAGCGAACAAC